AUGGCUUCUUACCCGCCUGCACAGUGCUGCACAAUUGGCUUCAGACAUGAAGGAACGCCACAAGGAAAGGAUAUUCGGAUUGCUGGCGACAAGUAUGCAGCCUAUCUAGCGACACCAACGCCAGACAAGGCCAAGGAGUCGACAGCUGUUCUCUUUCUGCCUGACAUCAUGGGCGUUUGGCAAAACAGUCGACUUCUGGCCGACGAGUUCGCUGCGAACGGCUACUUGACGCUGCUGCUUGACACGUUCAAUGGCGAUCCCAUCCCUGUUAGAUCAGUGGACGCCGGCGACGUGAACAUUGCAGCAUGGCUUGCUGGUGGCUCCACUGGAGACAAUCCUCACAACGAGCCAGCGGUCGACCCCAUUGUCAAGGACGCCAUCAAGGUGUUAAAGGAGGAGUAUGGGGUGAAGAAGCUUGGCGCUGUCGGGUAUUGCUUUGGCGCCAAGUACCUCGUUCGACACUUCAAUGAGGGUAUUGAUGCUGCUUACAUCGCACACCCUAGUUUCGUCAACGCCGAUGAGCUCGCCGCCAUCAAGGGCCCCAUCUCCAUUGCAGCAGCCGAGACGGAUCAUAUUUUCCCACCCGAGAAGCGACACGAGACCGAGGAUAUCCUGCUACGUAACAAAAAGACUUAUCAGCUGACGCUCUACUCCAGGGUGGUGCAUGGCUUUGCUGUAAGAAGCGACUUGACCAAGCGUGAGCAGAAGUGGGCAAAGGAACAGGCUUUUUACCAGGCCAUCAUUUGGUUUAACGAGUAUUUGGAGUAG